AGUCAAGUGAAAGUGAAAUCAGUCAGGGGGGGAGGGGAGGCGCUGGUCGGUGCAGGAGCUGCAGCUGCUCGGCUCUGUGCCUCCCCUUCCCGCUGGCCGCCCGAGCCCGGGGCCCCCAUGUCCCACAGGCGGGGAGCGCGGGAGAAGGCGGAGGCCGCCCCCGCCGAGAGGCGCAGCCACAAGCGGCCCAGGAGCCAGCGCGAGCCCCUGGCAGGCAGCAGCGGGGGCUGCAGGGAGCUGGAGCGGCAUGAGCAGAAGAGGAAGAAGCGGGAGGUGCAGCAGAUCCAGCAAAUCCAGCACCUGGAGUCCUUCUAUGAGAAACCUCCUCCAGGGCUAAUUAAGGAAGAUGAAACUAAGCCAGAAGACUGCAUACCUGAUGUACCAGGCAAUGAACAUGCCCGAGAAUUCCUGGCUCAUGCCCCAACUAAAGGACUCUGGAUGCCAUUAGGAAAAGAAGUCAAAGUUAUGCAGUGUUGGAGAUGUAAACGUUAUGGACACAGAACAGGAGAUAAAGAAUGCCCAUUCUUUAUUAAAGGCAAUCAGAAAUUGGAACAAUUCCGAGUAGCACAUGAAGACCCCAUGUAUGAUGUAAUAAGGGAAAAUAAACGCCAUGAAAAGGAAAUGAGGAUACAGCAAUUGAAGCAACUGCUGGAAGACUCUUCUUCAGAUGAAGAUGGAAGUAGUGGCAGCUCCAGUUCCUCAGAAUGUAAAGAGAAACACAAGAAGAAGAAAAAGAAGGAGAAAAAGAAAAAGGAAAAAAAGAAGAAAAAGAAAAGAAAGCACAAAUCUUCUAAAUCAAAUGAGAGGUCAGAAUCUGACUGACAGCAGUCACCUGCUAAGUGCUUCUUGACCCCAGAUUGUGAACUGUAAGGAAACAUCCAAAGAAUGAGAAAGAAACAACCAAAAAGGGCUUUGUAAUAGUCUAGGAGAACAUACAAACGGGUACGUCUAAUGUCCCAUUUGUGCCAUCCUUUUCUGCCUCUCUGCAGUGGUGCCCCAAGCAAGGGAUGAGCUCAAUUAUGGCUGUUUAACAAGGAAUGAUUUUACUUGAGCAUACCUAUGUACUGUGAAACAUGGGCUAAUGAUCAUCUAACUCGAUGGUUGAUAAAACCUCACUGUUAUGCUGCCACCUGUUAAAACAGCCACCACCUAAGGGACUGCUUACAGAUUUCAGCAGAGUACAGCGGAGCCCUCUAGUGAGGUAAUGUUUACCCCAUAAACAAUUUAAUUACACAGAGAGCUUCACUGUAAUGGGAAUUGCAGUUUGUACUGUGCAAAGCAUUGAACCAUGUUAGGACUUCCCAUUUAUAGCAAACAACAGUGAAUGUUGCUACGUCCAAGCUAAGUGUAAUCAGGCUGUACUGUAUCUUCCCUGCAUGCUGAUGGUCACUCGGAUCAUCCCACGAUUGGCAGCUGGCACCGCUUGAAAUGUGUGACAUAAGGAAAAACCUAUUAAUGUUAAUGAAGAGGUUUUACUUUAAGGCAAAAAUGUAUUGUUAGCAGGGUUUAUUUUUAUUUACUUGAAGAAAAGCUCAGUUCUGAAAUUUCAACACUAUUUCUGAGCCUCACUCUACAACAUUGACCAGCACCUACUCGUUGAAGUAAUCCUCUGAACUGCAAAAUUGGGCUCCAUGUGUGAAAAUCUCUUGCUAAAUAAUAAUAAAACUCCCCCACUAAUUUUGCUGACAAAAGCUAGCAUGUUAGUUGCUUGGAAAAGUGUUUUCUUGUUUGAAAUGGAAUGGGUAACAAUGUUCUUCUGAGCAUUGUUUACUAUCUAUAUUGUAUUGAUACAUGUUUGUUUCUAAAAAGGUUUGGGGAAGUAACUUUAAACGUGUUUUAAUUUUACAUAUUUAGUAAAAUAUUUAAUACAGUAAUAUUUUGUGAAUCAUUGUGAAUAUGGAAAAUACAAAGAAUAUUCUUGUAGCAAUACACCUCUACCCCGAUAUAACGCUGUCCUCAGGAGCCAACAA